CCAUUGCAGGAUAUUGCCAUGUUUUUGUUUUAUUUUGAUUUUUUCAAUCUUCAAUAUUCACACAUCAAAACGUUUUUUGUUUUAUAAUAAAAAGUUAAGUGAUAUUCGAAAUUCCAUACACAUCCGCGUACAAGAUCAACCAAGAAAUAUUUACAUAAUAUUGUCGUGGGGAGUGUUAAGUAAGAGCUCGUGGCGGCAGUCGAGGAACCAACGUCGACGAAGAAAGUUGACGAAUAGUCAUAGGAGUAUCUAAUAUAUACGUGUUUGUAAACAUUACUUGUGCUGGUUGAUAGUGAGAUAUAAGCACAAUGUGGGUGCAUUACACCUUAAUCGUGUUGGCGGUGCUGAGCGCCGUGAACUCAGAGAACAGCACUUUGGAGGACACGUGUGAAGCGUGGGACACCGGCUCCUUCGGCUCGUUGCUGGAAGACUGGGCUAGUACAGAACCCGCCUCGCAGAGACAAGGUCGUGUUAUGGCCCUACCUUCCACCAAGGGCUACUACGUAACAGAGCGCAUCGACAGUCCCCUGGUGCCCCCGCCGCCGCCGCACCCCGCGGGCCCCAACCGGGCGAUCCCCCUGCAGGGCCCCGCGCACUACGGCAGCGCCCCGCCGCAGGGCUACAGCGGCCCGCACGGGUACAACGAGUGGGAUGGCAAUGGGAAAAUUGUGAAUAAGCCGCCCAGUCCUUAUAAGGACAAGUUUAGACCGAGCUAUCAACAGCAGCAGCAGCAACAACAAGGCCCCGCCCGUCCGCAGGCCCCCAACAGCAUCGACCGGGUAGACGAGCCGCCGCGCAAGCAGGUGACGGAGACCGACCUGUACCUGCUCAGCGCCAUCGAGAAGCUCGUCUACCGCGCCGACCUCAUGGAGAAGCGGCUCCGCAAGCUGGAGGAGAGCUUGCACUAUGUGAUCGCGGGCGCUGAGGCUAAACCUGAGCCAUGCAUGACGAACUACACGCGCGUGGGCGCGGGCUGCUACCAGUGGUCGCGCGAGGCGGCCGACUGGAAGGGCGCCAGCGUCGCCUGCCGCCACCAGCGGGCCGCGCUGCUCGAGCUCGACCACGCGGCCAAGAGAGCCAUGCUGUCCAAGAUACUGUCUGACAAGCAGCUCAAGGGUAAGGACUUCUGGACAGGCGGUCUGAACCCGGGUCUACUCUGGAUCUGGUCGCACUCCGCCCGCCCGGUGGAAGCCGCAACCAACACCACCACCAUCGCUGGUGAAGGUCGGUGUCUGGCCCUUGUGUACGACCCCGCUAUUAACAACUACGUGUAUAGGGGACAAGACUGUGCGCUCAAACACCGCUAUGUAUGUCAAAAGGAGGAAGAUAAAACCAAACUGAGCAAUGAGAUCGAAAGGGCAUCAAGAAAACUGAAUUUAGAUAGAACGAGGAAAGCCAAAUUAUUAUGGGAUAGUACAGAUGAUUAGAUUUAUUAUGAUUGAUAUAUUUAUUAACUUUAUACUGUUAACGUGAUGUUCUAUUUGUAAGACUGAUGUGCAGAUAUGUACCUUAUUUUUAUAAUGUUUAUAAUUUAAUAAAUUAAUAAUUGAUGUA